AUGUAUUGCAGUUUCCUAAUAUUUUGUGCAUCUUGCACUUUACAAAUGGCAUCCGGGGAACGAUCACUUUUAUAUCUAGAUGAGGUUCGCAGUUUAAGCGAAUUGCCACUGGAGAAACUGAUCCAAAUAAAAUCUUCUCUUGAAAACACGGGAUAUGAUAAUACUGAUGAAAUUGAAAAUGCACGCGAAGAUAUAUCUAGUAGAAGAUUAUCGGUGACAAUGCCAAUGGCGUUGCCAUUGAAAAGAAGUAGUAAGAAACCUAUGCGGCGAUAUGAGCACUAUGAUGAAAAAGGCAAGGAUUCGAAGAUUUCAAAGAUCUUUCAGCUGGCAGUAACUGCGCUUUCGUUUCUUGCAUUUGGCGGUUAUCUCCUUACACUUAUAAUAACAGCAAUUCGUCGCAAUAUGGCUAAUAAUGCUACAGCCGGGAAUGUCGUCGUAUUUUCGAAUCUGCAAAGUUUACAAAAAUUAAAUCGUCAAAGGCGUAACAUUUUAAUAUUUGAUCCAAUGGAGAAUAAUUUUGAAACUGACAAACUUUAUGAAGGAAUGAUUAUGCUUUCAAGAAGUUAUGCUUUAUACAAUUAAU